AUGAUGAGCCAGUUAUACGGUGUAUCGUUUCUAGAUGAAAAGCCUUACUGGAUGGAUCUUAAACCCGUGUUUGAAAAUAUUGAAGCUGACAUCGCUGAAGCUGCUGCAUCACUAAGGAACAUCGCAAAAUUGAACAGAACAUCUGAAACGUUUGCCAAAGACUUUAAUCAUUUCUUUGCAGUUAAUGCAGACACAGUCAUGCAUCAGAUAUUACAAGAGCUCCUCGCAAGUUUGGAUACCAUUGAAAAAGCCAUCGAACCAAUAGGAUCCGUAGUUUUGCCCUUUGUUACCACUUUUGAUGAUACAAUAUCAACAAUACAGAACCUUACAGAGGCGUUUAGGGGCAUACAAGAAGGGUAUGAUGCUGCGAAGUCGUUGCUCGACAAUGUUUUCGGGCCAAAGAUUUCAAAAGGUUUUCCAAAAAAGUAUUUGGAAUCCGAAGAUUGUGGCAACGGUUUUUAUCCUUCCACUCAAGGAGGAAACUACGACUACCAAGGAGUACAACUGGAAGCUGAAGUGGGAUCAGAACUAGUUGUGCCAUUUUCUGGAAUUCUUACAAUCAAUAGCAUCAGAAGGAAGGUCACAAUUCUUACAACUGAAUUGAAGGACACGGAAAUUAUAAUAGAAAAUGUCGAGGUGCAUUCGGCCAAAAACGGAACGGAGGUCAAGAAAAAUGAGGUGCUUGGACAUGUGACAUAUUCUGCGUCCCUUUGCAUGGACAGCCAUAUUCACUUCACAAUGAAAAAGAUUGGAAGCAAUGCUAUUAUAGACCCUACAAGAUAUCUUGAAAAACGUAGAAUGAAUAAACCUGCGUGGAUUCAAAAGUGUGAUGACUAUAAUGUCAUAUGGAAGGAGAUCGUAUUUGCAACUGGAACGGUUACAGGGGGUCCAGAAGAAAAAGACACAUCACCAACACUAGAAAACAAUCCAGAUACAAGUAUGCCGGAAGAUUUGACAAAAGAUGAACGACGCAAGCGAGAAAGUUCCGAUGGAAACAUAUUAGACAUCACUCUGAAUGCCCUGCGCGAAAGCCUCGUGAUAAAAAUGGGCAUCCCGAAUAUUACUGAAUUUGGUCCUGAUGCUAGAUUUCGUACACGUGAUCUUAGCUUGAAAAAAGUAAAAACUUUUUUAAGGGAAUCAAAGAACGAUCAGAUGGUGACACGCAUUGAUGCAUUAACGCAAACUAUCAUGUUCACCCUUUCCUUGCAACUUUGUUCAAUGGCAAGUCCUGAGACAUGUUUGCCACGAGUGGUUAUGUUUCAAUCAGCCGUAUUGACGAUACCAACACAACCAGACUGUCGUGUCGUACAAGAAAGCCAUAUGGAAAGCAAAGCAUCUCUCGGCGAAAUGACCCUUGGUGAGUUUGAAGAACUCUCCGCACCUAUUGAUGGUGCCACCAUAUCGGACCUUAUGAAAGAUAUACGAAUGAUAUACGUUCACUUGUUGGAUAGAAAAAUCAACAACUUCAUGACCAAAGCGAUAUCUGAAGAUUUUGAAUCAUUUGACAUUUGCCUGGAAGGAGGGACAUAUUUUGGACCACUGAAUGUUGCUUUCUUUGAGGUCACAUCCCCACUUGUAAUGAUUGGACCAAUUCCACUUACAUUCACUUUUAAGGCAGGAGGUUCCGUCGGAAUGGGGUUUAAUUGCGAGUUUUGUAUUCUAUCCAUGAAAGUAACGGGAGGAGUUAGGCCUACAAUGGGAUCAUAUGUUCGUGGUGCAAUAGAAGUAGGAUUGGUGUUUAUUUAUACUAAAGUAAGGAUCACGGGUUACCUAAUGACAACAAGUUUUCCCACUCGAGUAGGACUCGGAUACAGCAAGUUUCCACUCGAUGUUAGUGCCCGCAUGGACUUAGAAUUAAUUCCACUCAGACUUGUGUUGGAUGUUGGCCUUUUUAUGUCAAUUCCUGUUCCAUUUGAAAUGAUGGACAUCACAAUCUUUCGGAUCAACCUAUGGGAAUAUACGACACCAUCAAUAAAGAAGAACAUCUUCCAACAUAACGAUCCAAAACCCGAUGAUACACCGCCCGAUUUCAGUUUUUAUACUGUUGAUCAAGAUGAGUCUUUGGUUGCUAAAAGAGCAGCAACUACAGUUAAAUGUUCAGUAAAACAGUUGGCGGGGAGAGAUUUUACUGAACCAGCUUUCCAACUUGCUGUAGCUGUAUAUGAUGAUGUAAGUCAGGUGGACACACACUACUGCGUAGGAACAUAUUUAGGAGGGUGUAAUCUAGUCCCAACUGAGCCCAUGGGAGGUUUUUCUACAGUUGUGUCUCGGAGACUAACUUCGGGUAUUCCCUUAUAUUACUUGAUAAUUGCUAAGAAUAGCCAGGGCGGAAGUUCAAGUAUUGAAUGUGAACUACCUACAUAUGAUAUGACGCUACCAACUGGACGUGUUAUCCCAGACUUUCGCUCGACAAGCUAUCCACAUGCACUUAGAGCUUCUGCAAAGGCUAUUGAUGACUCUCCUCUUGAUCGUCAAGCAUUGGCAGUUGGAUAUGGACAAGGGCAAUGGGGUGACCAACUGAUUCCCUGGCAUGUUGUGACUGUUAACAAAACAGCAACCAUAGUUGAUACAGGGGAUGAUCCCCAUGGUAGUAGAAGCCUGGACUAUUUUACAUGUUAUGAAAAUAUUUUGAGCUCAAAAUCAAUCAUAGCCGACUUCACUCCACCAGCCACGGGACCUAUAGAAAUUCCAUUAACUGAUGAAACUAUUCAUGAAAAGUGUGAGGAAUACGUAACAGACAUCUUUGCACAUAGAUGUAUUGAACCAACAACUUUGAAUAACCAUAGGGUUAUCGUAGAUGGUGUAUCAGAACCACAUGGCCCUCAUUCCAUGUGUGUCUUUAAUGGAGAUGAAGCGAUGACAGACAUGAGAUGGACAAGAGACAACAAAUAUUGUUCAGCAAACUGGGAUGGAUUCCAUGACAACGAAACAGGCAUAUAUGGUUAUUUAGUGUCAGUUGGAACAGAAGUCUGUCGAGAUGAUCACCAUCCACACAAGGACCCUCAUGCACACAUAACGUUUGAAUCUGAGUGGACACAUGAAGCAAUGCUAUACCCGCUUUAUAUGCCUGAUGGCCAUUAUUACAUAAAUGUCAGAGCAUUGAACAAAGUGGAAUUUGGUGGCCCUAUGGCAGUAACUGUAUGCCAUAGUUUACCAUAUAUAGUGGACACAACCCCACCUAUCGUGCACUAUGUAAAAUUAGUAUCGUAUGACGAAUAUACACACCUACUUAUAAUGAAUUAUGAUGUAAGUGACCCACUCUCUGAUAUUCGAGAGGUGGACUUCUGUCUUGGAAGAAGUAGACGUGACUGUUACAUAUUGGAUUGGGAGCGUUUUCCAAAUAUUACACAUCUAGAAAAAAGACAAAAGAUACCAGAUGGGACCCCUGCGUGGCCAAAGAUCAGAGCUAUAAAUAAUGUUGAUCUUAGAGAAGUUGGUCCAUCCGAACAUCCCAUUGUUGUUGACACAUCCCCUCCUAUCGCUGGCAACGUGUAUGAUGGAUGGGUGCAUGAUACAGACAUGGAGUUCCAAAACAGAAAUGAUAUAUUAUGUGCAAAUUGGAAGAACUUCACCGAUCCUGACAGUGGAAUAUCUGCAUACAAGAUUGGAUUUGGAACACAGGAAGGACUUGACGACAUUGUACCCCUCAAAACACUUGGACACAAUACUUAUGAAUUCUGUACUGAUCAAAGCAAUGUUCACCUUGAACACAACAUAACUUACUUCACUGUUUUGUAUGCUGUUAACGGAGGUCAUAAACUCCUCAAUGUUUCGGUCACAACUAAUGGAGUUCUUGUGGACAUGACUGAACCCAAUACCGGUCUACUGAGGGAUGGCCUCGACGCAAAUGUUGAUAAAAACUUCACGUCAGCGGCAGCGAGUGUGCUUGCAAAUUGGAAUGGUUUUAAUGACCCUGAAUCUGAAGUCAUCAGUUACUCAUUGGCUGUAUAUAAACAACGCCCAUCAGACAGUGAUGAUGUAUAUACUGAAGACAUUCUAAUACACGAAGGAGAAUCCAUCGGUGGUAAUGUUAGCCAGAUCGAAUGGCACCACUUUCACCAUCACCAUGGUGACUAUAUUUAUGUUGAAAUGAAUACAACAAAUGGUGCUAAUACAAGUAUCAACACCAAAUCUAGUGGUACUAGAGUUGACCUUACUUCACCCGAAGUAAGAUAUAUAGGCGAUGGAUUGGUUCCAGGGGAAAAUGCUAUGUUUUCGUCAAGUCUCACUGAAUUGGCAGCAAAUUGGCUUUUUAGUGAUACCGAAUCUGGUAUUGAAUACUAUUUGUUCACAAUAUUUGGGACAAGUGGUGGCACAAAGAGACAAAUAUUUCCCAAAGGAUUAGAGCCUCAACGCCUUAAUGCAACUGUCAACUUGUUUGUGGCAAAGUCAUUAAACCUAGAAACUGGUGGGCAUUAUAAUGUGAGAGUUGCUGCUGUAAAUCGAGCUGGUUUAACAACCGUUCAUGAUACAGACGGGGUUACAGUAGACGACACUCCACCAGAGAUGAAGUACGUCCGUAUAGGUGUUGUUGAUGGGGAAAUGGAAGAUCUGGAUGAAGCUGGCAAUGUGAUAUCUACAGACAAUAACGGUAUUCAAGCGUCUUGGCUUGCUGUUGAUAUAGAGACUGGAGUUAAAGAAUAUAACAUUGCUGUCGGUACAUCACCAGGUGAAGGGGAUGUUUUAGAUUACCGAAAUGUCGGUGAUACCCUUGAUGGCUACAUCGACAAUCUUAAUCUUACGAUAUAUAAAGAAAAUGGUCCCCUGUACUAUGUCAGUGUUAUAGCUAGAAAUUGGGCAGAUCAGCUAUCAGAGGCAAAAGUAUCAAAACCACUGAAAAUUGUCGAGGAAGAUAAACCAGGGAGAAUUUUAGAUGGUGUUGAGGGCUUUCCAGAGGUUAAUGUGCAAAAGGACAAAACAACUGUCACUGCUCACUUUGUAGAAUUCAGAAGUGAAUUUGGAUAUGUUGGCUUCGAAUGGUCUGUUGGUAGUGCUCAUGGUUUUGAUGAUAUCCAACCAUUCACCGAUAGAGGCAUUGUGAUUGACAAUAACGGUUUUAUCGAAAACAGCUUGAAGAAAAACUAUUCCGGCAUGAUUCAGGCUCCCGCACAUCUGAUUCAUUCGAAUAAGUACCAUGUGACUGUGCGUGGAAAAACAGGAAAGGAUAACAUCGUAGAGGGAAUAUCUGAUGGAUUUGUCGUUGAUGUGACUCCACCAAAGGUAAUCAUAAAAGAUAUGGGGCUUGAUGUCAAUAUGACUCAGUCGUCAUUGUACCAGACAGCAACGGACUCACUCUCGGCUAAUUGGAACAUAAGUGACCAAGAAAGCAAAAUAGAAUGGUCUGGCUAUUGCUAUGGAACUGGCCCUGGCCAAUGUGAUGUUUACAAUAUGACAUCAACUGGAGGGAAAAUGGGAUUGGAACCUGGGCAGGUUCAACCUAUAACUGAUGGAAAGCCUAAUUUCCUUAAUGUUAUUGCUGAAAACGAGGUUGGUCUAACAGGUAAAUCACUAAAUCCCAUAACAGCUGAUGAUACACCUGCACGAGAGGGCAGUAUUAUCUGUCCAUUGUUUCUGAAAGAACAUGAAAAUAUAGUCUGCCAUUGGACAGGCUUCGUUGAUGACGAGAGUGGAAUAGACUACUUUAGCGCUGGGAUUGGCGUAAAAGAGGGUGAUGGAUCUAUCCAUAAAUUUGUUACGGUGUCACAUUAUGCAUCCAUCAUAGAAUUCAAAGAAUAUAUGAAUAACAGUCUUCCUGCUGGUGUAUACUACAUGACACUAAGCGUUGUCAAUGGUGCAGGUUUAACUAGAGAAUCGUAUGCUCCUGCAAUAGUGGUUGAUGCCACGCCACCUCUUCCUGGACUAGUCAUUGAGCUAGAUGGUAUAUUUAAGAUAAAUGCCACUGAAUCAUCAAAAGUACCACCUCUCAAUAGAUGUUCUUCAACUGAAGAAUGUUUGGCGUCAGAUGUGAAGUGUCAAACAUCACAGACCAAUAUCCAAGUUAGUUGGUUACCUUUCAUGGAUGAAGAGUCCCCCGUGAUCAGGUAUGAACUAGCAGUUGGUUCUACUAGAGGUGGAUCGCAACUAAAACCAUUUUAUGAAGUUCCAUUAGAUACCUACAUCAUAAGUGUCAGCCACCUAGAUCUUUCUCAGCAGAAAAUGGUUUUUGUGACCGUUCGUGCCACAAACGCCGCUGGUCUUACAACAAUAUCCUCUUCAAAUGGUGUUCAUAUCAGUCGUAUAUCAGCUGGUUUGCAGCCUUUGGGUCGAUUUACUGUAUAUGAUGGUAGUUCCCCGGGAAUCGACAUGAGCUUCCAAAAAGAUCGUGAACAACUGACAGCCAACUGGGAAUUCAAUGGAGAUCCAUGUCCGAUGGAAACAUACACAUGGAGUAUUUAUAAAUUUGAUGGCACUGUGUUUAUGUCUGCCACAAAGGUACCACAAGGGCAGACAUAUGGUGUAUACGAUGGACUUAAUCUAAGAGACGGAGAAGAAUUCUUCGUGGUGGUCCAAGGUACCAACUCAUUGGGUUUCACACAGACAGUGCGGUCAGAUGGUAUUACUAUAAAACAAGAACCUCUUAUGCCUGGGGUUGUGCGGGAUGGUCCUGUUUUUGGUGUUGACUUUGAUGUACAACCAUCUGUGACUCAGCUUUGGGGAAAUUGGGAUGCAUUUGGUAAAGAUAGAGAAACCAGGCCGGAUCUCAUUAAUGGUAAUCCGGACCUGAAUCCUCAUAUUGGAGACAAUCAACGAAUACAUAGCUAUGAAGUCGCCGUCGGGACAGAUCGUCGUUAUCCUAAAACAAGAGCAAAUAUCUACCCAUUUGUUAAUGCAGGUCUAAAUCAAACGUGGCACUUUACAAGUCUAAAUCUGAUACCACAAACAGCCCACUACUUUAUCACGGUAAAAGCUACCAGUUGGUCUGGAGCUGUGCGCAGCCAGACAUCCAAUGGAAUCAGAGUAGGAUUUGGAGGAACAGUCGUUAAACAUGGCGAACUGAAAUUGGCUGAUUGUAUACCAUCUGAUUCUGAAAUUUCAUUCUCGUGGCAAGGUUUUAAAUUUGGCAUGCCCGUAAUGUUCUAUCAGUGGGGAAUUUCAUCUAACCUUUCUGCAGUGGAUAAUUUGACAUGUGAACAAUUGCAACUGUAUGAACAUAGAAUGAGAGAAAAUGAUCUUCAUCUUAAGGCAUUUGAUAUCCAGCCAAUGUCAAAUGUGCUGCAAGAUUCUACUAUUAAGCAAACUGGUCUGAAAAUGGUCCAUGGGUCAUCAUAUUUAGUGGUGGUCAUAGCAACUGAUGAAUCAUCUAUAUGUUCCAUGGUGUCCAAGAUAGUAUUAGUAGAUACAACUGCUCCUUUGUCUGGUACUAUUCAAGUUGGACCAGCCAAUGAAUUGGUACAGGGAAUUAUGUUUGAGAAAUGGGCUGACAGACUCGCUGUUGAGUGGACAGGAUAUAGCGAUCCAGAAUCUUAUAUAGAAAACUACAAGUUGACCUUGCAUGAAGGCAUUGUAUGUGAUGGGACAAACCAGGAUAUUUCCACUACAGAUGCGAUAACAGAGCAAAUUACGUUAAAUUCUAAUUUAACAAAGUAUACAUUCUAUCAACUUUAUCUCAAGGGAGAUCGUCCGUACUAUGUAAAAUUUGAGGCCACAAACUGUGCUGGACUUGUAGCAUCUGAUUUUUCUAGGCCUAUCCUAAUAGAACAAUAUAUUCCUCUACCUGGGACUAUAAAGGAUGGACUCAGGUUUGACUCUGACAUUGAAUACCAGACAUCAACAAAAAUGAUACAAGGAUCCUUCUUUUCUCAGCUAAACCCAUCCGUUAAAGAUGUGUGCCCUGAAAAUAUUCUGGAGCUCACAAUGACAACAUGGCAUUAUAUCCACCAUCUAGGAGUUUGGGGUUCAGAUUCGAACAUUAUGCAUCAUAAGUUUCAGUCAACAUCGAUUGAAACGGGAUUCGAAUUAUCUAUUGUUCCCGAUGUUAAAAUCAGACGGAUGUUAGCAGGUGCGGUUGAUAGAGGUAUAGAGGUUGUGUCUGGAAAAUAUGAGUUUGUAAUUCAAGCCAGUGAUCUCCAUGAGUACAGUGUAACAAGUGUGGUUCUUAGAGAUGGACCACGUGGAGUUUUUGUAGAUCUCGAUGUGGAUAUGUCUGAGUACAUAAACGUAACGAAUAAUGAUAAGUACACUACAAGUUCAACAUCUUCUCCACCUGCUCACAGUUCAACUUCUGAUCUCAAGGUGGGAACAUUGCCUUUAGAUGGCGAUACAUAUAAUGGUUCAGCAAGUGCUUCAUCUCAAAAUUCGUGUGGGUUUCAGGUGCACACAGCUGUGUAUGGUAAUCUCAGCUAUGCAGUCCUUUUGUGCAGUUGGGAAAAUGGUUCACGAACGCCAAACAAUGAGAUUGUACAAUUGCAGUUUGAUCCCUCUAAAUCGUCACACACAUAUACACUCCAGUUACAAAUGGAGUCCAAUGCUAUAGAACUGGCCGUGGAUGGCAAGAUCAUUGCAUUGGUUUACGGUGUCCCUGUUAUAAAAAAGCCGGGUCUUAUAAGUUUGGGUGUGAGAACUAAAGAGCAUUAUUAUCCUGAUAUAUUUGACCCUUUCAACAGACCAAAGUCAGCUGCAUACUUUAAAUUCAUCAGUGUUCCACGUUCUAAGCCCUCUGAUUGUAAUUUUGGAGCACCUUUUAAGAAUAUGGGGUCUCCUUUAUUCACGUUUGAAGCUGGACUUGGAACAACUAAAACAGACACAGAUGUCGUUGCUUACAAACCUAUCGGAGUCAAUUGCCUUCCAUGCACGUCUCUCUGUAGUAGAUUAUAUUGUGACCAAGGUUGUAAGGCAGCAACAAAAUUGUACCAAGUGACCUUAGAUGGACUGGAUCUACCAGAUUACCAACGCGUUAACGUUUCAAGCACCAACGCAACUGGCAUUAUGGCAGCCACCUAUUUCGUACAUGUAAAAGGAAUAACAGGAUCUGGCAUAUCUGUAACAUCAACAUCAAAUGGAGUAACCAUAGACACAAGCGAUCCUAUCAUAGACAUUCUGUAUCAUGUCGAUGUAUCUGUCUCGAAUAUGAAUAAAGUUUACAGACAGGGACAGGAUAAAUACAUAGCUGCAAGAUGGGAUGCCUAUGACAAAGAAAGCCAGAUAGCCGAGUUUGAAUGGGGGAUUGGUAGAAAUCCGUUUACCACAGAUAUACAGCCAUAUCGCUCUGUUGGUUUACAAAGGAUGGGCAUAAGUGACGAUCUGGGUGGAAUUCUUCAUGAUAAUAGUACAUAUUUCAUCACUCUCAGAGUUACAAAUGGCGCUGGUGGAAAAACAAUCAACGCUUCUCUCGGUGUGCUCGUCUAUUUACCCAAGAAUAUAAGUGGUCUUACAAUAGUCAAUGCCACGUGUAGGAGACCAUAUCAAAACCAAAUCAUUAUCAGAGAUGUCACCGUAUGCCAAGAUCAAGAUGGAACUGGUAUUAACUGGUUAAACGAAAUAACACAAGAAGCAAAUGACCAGGUUAUAUAUUACGUCGUUGGUUCGAAUCCCUGGACAGCUGAUGAUAUCAUACCAAAGCUACAAAUUGCAGCGAAAGAAAUUGACCGUGCUGGCAAGUUUGAAAGUGGAAAAGUUAAAGUUGAAGAGGGUCAUAUAAUUAUGGAACCUUAUGGUAUUGUGAAUAUUUCAGAUGCUCGACAAGUAUAUGACACUAAACGACCUAUUAGCAAUACAUUCCAUAUGGAACCUGGAAGAUUACUUUACAGCAGCCUAGAAAAGUGCCAACCAGGUGAUAUUUGCAAUAUCGUCGCUUCUUCAACGGCACUCAUUCUUAGGUCUACUGAUAUCAUUAAACCUGCAAAUGAGGGAUGUAAACUAUUAAUUGCGAAUUCAGAAACAACAAUCCAUGUACAUGUAUAUGCACGUGGUGGUCUCAACAAUGGAAAAACAUUAGCAUGCGGAACAUUAGCAGACACAGACGUAAAGGAGACAUAUGUAUCUGAUGCAUCAGUAAAAUUCAAACCAUAUAUUGUUGAUCCUGAAAGUACAACUGAUCAAACAGAUCGACAACUUAGGCACAGACUAGGAUCGUGGAGUGGAGUAAGUUUCUUCGUCAACAGUAUAGGAGAGGCACUAGAUGGUUCACUUACAAUUGCAUUGUCAACCUCUGAUAUAAACUUCUCAUCAAGCAACCUUACUUUAUUGUUCUGGCACUCAGAUCUAAGUAAGUGGAUGAAAGCAGAGAAAUAUUGUGAGCAUGGACAAGCGUCUGAUAGAACCUUGGGAAAACAAGGAGACAUAAAAAUAUCUGUGUGUUCGUUACCCCCAGUUAAAAAUAGCCCUGGUCCAAUGAAACAGCUACAAAGAAUAAGUCAGUACAAUGGACAGAUACAAUUUGCCCUAACUGAAGUAUCGAACGUAUUUAUCAAUACAGCCCCUCAUAUUACUUCUACUAACAAACUUAAAAUAAAAGAAAAUAGUGCCAAGUUGGAAUUUCAAUUGGUAGCAGUUGAUGAGGAAGCGGAUCCGUUCGUGUUUUUGAUUGUUAAUGAUGAAACGUUUGACUCGCGACGUGCAGCACUUACGCCAGAAGGCCUACUGACUUACCAACCUUGUCCUUAUUGCAAUGGUAACUAUGUGAUUGAAUUAGAAGUAGUGGAGAACAGAACAGACGGGGAGAUUGCGCUUUCUUCAACCCAAAGUCUAAUUAUUGAAGUAACUCCUGUUAACGACAACCCUGUAGCUUUCCUAGGUCACAAGGGAGAUUAUAAGGCCCCUUAUCGGACAUAUGGGAUCGAUGUCACAGUGGAACAGAUGACUGAAUGGACAGAACCUCGAUUUGACCCACUACGUCUUCUUAUUGGAGCAUACGAUUACGACUUAAACGACGACUUAACAUUUUCCAUUGUUAACAAUACCAAUGGUACAAUCCAAAAAUCCGACUCCAUAAAAAAAGUUUUCUUCGAAUUCCAAAACUGUAGUUUACCGUAUAGUCAGAGGUCUCAAAAGUGGCUCCAGGUAUUUCAUGACGUAGAAAAACACAUACAGUUUCCCUGUGAUUUUCCACGGUUAGCUUUGCCAGUUGACAAAAUGCAGUGGUUGUUUCAACCAUUGACCUAUACUCCCAAGAGGAAUGAAUAUGGAACUGAAUUGAUACAGGUGAUGGUUUAUGACCAGGAGCGAGCAUUUUCUGAUGUUGUCAAUAUACAUAUUCAUGUGUUGGAAAACAAGUGUCAACAUGGAGGUACAUGUAAUGGAGAUGAGGUGAACGAUACAGACUGCAAGAGCAUUGUCCGAAGUAAUGGUUUCCAAGGCUACAAAUGCACAUGUUUGCAAGGAUACAAUGGUGAUUAUUGUGAAAAUGAAAUAAAUGAGUGUUUGUCUUCACCCUGUAGACCUGGCUACACCUGUAUUGAUAAUGUAGGCUCCUUUAUUUGCUACUGCGAUCCGAAAUCGUCUUGUUCCGACUACCCCUGGUGGGUCUGGCUCAUUGUCGCAAUUUCAGUGUUACUUGCCUUUAUUGCCAUUCCGAUUGUUCUGUGCUUGGUGAAGAAACGGAUCAAAAAGAAAACUACGCCCGUCGAAGAAUGGCAAAUGAAGGUUAUAGGAAGACAUAUUCAAAGAAUUAGUAAACAACAAAGAAGGCGGAGUGAAAGUGAUCUGAACAUGGUUCAGACUGUGAACCCGUUAUAUUGCGAUACACAAUCUACAAUUGAUGAAGCGAGAAGAGUUGUUGGAUAUUUGACAAGCAUCAAAACUCAGGCCGUAGAAAGAAGCAAUGUUAGGUAUAACAAUGGCUUUUAUGCAGAGGACUGGCCGAUUGAUAUGAUGAAUAAACAACUAGCACGGCCUAAGCAAUCAACACAGCGGAGUCCAACAUAUCCCAAAGAAGACUAUUAAGCUUGAUAAAUACGAACUAUAUUUUUUCGGAAUAAAUGUUAAUUUACAUUUUGGAUCAUUUACACGCGAUGGUAAACUAUCGCAAAUAAUAUAAAACUUAUGUCAUUUUCUAGAGAAUUGGCCUCUUACUACAACUAUAAAUUAUGUUUUUUUUAUAUAUAUAUUCAUUUAUUUAUGACAUUAUUGAAGAAUAUACAAGUAUGGU